GAUCAGCACAUAUCACACACAUAGGAGCAACAUGUCACUGUGUACCUGCAAGACCAAAUAGACACUGGCUACAGAAGGAAGAUGGGAUAAGAAACUGUUUUGAACUUGUGCCGGAUAUUUUGGUGAAAAGCUAGUCAUACCUGAAGAGCUUCACGGAUUCGGAGCAUUGCUUUAGAUGAACGCUCGUCAGUUCUGUCGCACACUGUAAUGUUUUCGAAAGGGAAAUGGGAUCAAGAAAGUGGACCAAAAACAAAGCCUUUUAAGAAGAAAAUUUGUGCUUUGAAAAUGUUUUAUUUUUCUUGCUUUCUAUUUGUGUAUUCCUUUAUCAGCUUCAUUUAUUUAGAAGAUUACUUUAAAGAAACUUUUACCAAACAAAUUGGGCAAACCCAUGAAAGUAAAGUCUCUGAUCAGCCAAAUCCUCCCCCAAGAACACAUUUGCCAUCAGAACAAACAACACACGUCCACCACACAUCCACCAGUCCUCCGUCUCCAAAUGUGUGUGGUGUUCUAGUGAAUGAUGAGCCUGUGAUUAAAGUUGUAACCACAUGUAACCAUAGUUCCUCGAGGGAAUGAGACGCUGCGUUGAAACGCUACGGGGAACGUGAUUUAGCGUGAGCGACUCUGAAUAUCAUGUGUAAUCUGUCUUAUAGAAGAGCGUGACGUCACGGGCGGGGUUGACGUAAGCGACCAGGAAGCUAUGAAGGCAAGAGACAUGCAGCUGGCAUCAGCUUCGAGUAUCAGCAAGCACUGCGUCAGAGACGCAGCAUCUCAUUCCCUCAAGGAACUAUGGUUACAUGCGUAACCUAGAGACGUUCCUCUUCAGGAGCUCUAGCUGUGUUGAAACGCUAUGAGGAACGAUGUGCCCACGCUGCCAGACUACCAAAUCCCUGCCUAGUGUGUAUCCGAAGAGCACCACUUAGGACAAGAUAACUGGACCUGGACUGACUGGCAUAUGGCUAAUGGCUAACGGCUAUCCCACACAAGCCAUUCUAACUGGCAUAUCUAGGCCAUAGAAUUUUGCAAAUGUGGAAGGCGUGGACCACCCCGCAGCAUUGCAGAUGUCCAACAUGAACACACCUACUAGAAAGGCCUUGGGGAGCGCCAUACCCGGAGUAGAGUGAGCCUUGGCUCCCGACAGCAGGGGAAGACCAGAGGAAACUCAUAGGUGGUGUUGAUAGUCUCAACUAUCCAAUGACUAAAAGUCUGCUUAGAUGUAGGAAAACCCCUUUUAGGGGGACCGUAGCAUACUAGCAAUUGGUCCGAUUUUCUCCACAGAGCAGCUCUGUGGACGUAUGCGUCCAGUGCUCGAACCGGACACAUACACUUUAGCUUCACUUAGCCAGGCUCCAGGGAGGAGGGCAGAAGGCCUGCAGCACUACAGGUUGUGGUAUGACAGAGGAAACCUUAGGAACAUAUCCCGCUCGAGGGUAUAUGAACGCUUUGGCCAUGUCGGGCGCAAAGUCAAGAUAAGCAGGGGCCACUGAGAGGGCCUGAAGAUCUCCAACUCUCCUCACAGAGGUAAUAGCCGACAGAAAGGUAGUUUUGAGGGUCAGAUGUCUGUCUGAAAUAUAUUGUAUUGGCUAGAAUGGAGCUUUACAAAGAGCCUCUAACACCACAACCAAGCCUCACGGGGGAAUACGGGCCAUACUGGAGGUCUCAGCGUCAGUGUACUGCAGAGGAAAUGUGAAACUAGGGGGUGUCUUCCCAAAGACUGACCAUUGAGCGGGACAUGGUAGGCCGCAAUGGCCGCCAGGUACACCUUCAGCAUGGAAUGGGUCAACCCUGCAGAGAACCUGGCUUGUAGAAACUCCAGAACUGUACCAACUGGGCAGUUACCUGGGUCAAGCUGACGGUCUCUGCACCAAAAGGUGAAGAGUUUCCACCUUAGGGCGUACAGUUUCAUCAUUGAGGGAGCUCUUGAUUGGAGGAUGGUCUCAACAACCUCGGUUGAGAGACCGGAUGCUAUGAGUUGUGUCCCUGCAGCGCCACACCCACAGCUUCCACAACUCUGGGCGAGUGUGAAUUAUCAUGCCCUGCGCCUGUUAGAGUAGGUCUGUCCUGAUCGGUAUCUCCCAUGUAGAGCCAUUGAGGAGCGAGACCAGAUCUGCGAACCAUACUCGGCCCGGCCACAACGGGGCCGCUAGCAAUAGGCGGACCCCGUACCGGCGUACUCUCGCCAGAACUUCCGGGAGCAGGGCAAUAGUGGGAAAAGUGUACAGAUGAAUCCUCGGCCAGGUCUGUAUCAUAGUAUCCAGUCCCAGAGGAGCUGAAUGAGCUAGAGAGAACCAAAUGAGACAUUGUGAUGGCUUUUGAGUCACUUGAUCUUUGCCAAAGAUUCUCCAUAUCUGCUUCACCAUCUCGGGGUGAAGUUUCCAUUCCCUGGGCCUCGGCCCCUGCCUCGACAGUAUGUCUGCUCCCAUAUUUAAUUUUCCAGGAAUGUACACUGCUCUGAGUUAGAAGAGUUUGUCCUGGGACCACACAAGGAUCUGGUGUGCCAGCUUGUACAAAGGACGCAAACGCAGACCUCCCUUGUGGUUGAUAUAAGAGACCACCAUUGUGUUGUCAGUGCGCACAUGGUGACCUCUCAGGUCUGUGAGGAAGUGCUUUAGUGAUCAAUAAACUGCUAGCAUCUCUAGAUAAUUGAUAUGCCAUGUCAGAUAGCGACCACUCCACAGACCACGGGCAGGGUGGCCACUCAUGACCGCACCCCAACCAGUGGGAGACGCAUCCAUCGCUAGUAUUACACAGCGACAAUAAGCUCCCAGCAUCGGGCACUGUAGAGGUCUCAUGUACAGCAGGCCAAAAGGUAUCACGUUGGACGCAGUUGCCAUCAGAUCCAACAAUCUCUGAAAUUGUUUGACAGUGAGUGACUGGCCUUAUUUGACUCUCUCGACUGACAUGAGAAUCGAAUUUAUACGAGCAGGGGACAAACGUGCCUGCAUCGUGGUUGAAUCCCACACUACGCCUAGAUAGGUGGUUCUCUGGACUGGAGAAAGCACACUCUUCUUGGCGUUCAGUUUCAGACCCAACUCCCCCAUAUGUGCAAGAAUGACAUCUCAAUGUCGAACCGACACCUGCUCUGAUAUAAAAUCAGCCAAUCGUCGAUAUAAUUGAGAAUAAGGGUGCCUUGCAUGUGCAAAGGAACCAGAGCUACAUCUACACAUUUUGUGAACGUGCGGGGUGAGAGUGCAAGGCAGAAGGGAAGUACUCGAUAUUGGUAAGCUUCACCCACAAAAGCGAACGGUAGCCUUUUUCGACUGUGCUGGACCCAUUGAGAUACAUUUGGCAGUAGUUUCCACGCUGCUAAAUAAUCUACUUAGGGGCGGCGAGAAUCUCAGCUCCGCUACGCAUGCGGCCAGAAAACACUGAGAACAUUGCUCGCUGGAGGCCGCUGCGCCCUGGAACUCUGGCAGGAAUCACAUGCAUUGUAGACCGUACACACAGCUUCAAUGGAGGGACUGAGAGCUCUCGGACUAAAUCUAAAAUAUCUUAAACUGUGUUCUGAAGAUAAACGGAUGUCUUACGGGUUUGGAACGACAUGAGGGUAGAUUUUUUUUUUUUUUUUACCAUAACCUGGAAUGGCCCACAAUGCCUCUCUGAAGUUAAGAUUGCCCAAACAUGAAAAAAAAAAAGACUCAAUGUUUUAACACAGUAGUGUUGUAACUGUGUAUUCUGUGUCUGCUUGACACUGAGUUUGGAAAAAAUGUUUUCUGGGAUGGCUGGAAAAUAGGAAAUAUUGUUCCAAAAUUGCAAAAGAUGUCCACGGUGAAAAAUCCUCUGGUUAUGUCAUCUGAUAAUGAGAGUGAAGAUUAAUGUACAGAGCUCUUCAAAUUCCCCCCCCCCCCGCAUCAGGAAGGAGCAAAUGGCCCUUCCUUGUCUCUUGGACAUUAAGCCAAUGUGCAAAGAAGCAUGACAUGCACAAAAGAAACCCUGGUCUGUUUGCAAGAGAGAACCACAUCUCUGCUAAAUCGUUACACUUUACCCAAUGAUGAAUUGCAGACUUUGACGAAAGAUUUCGAAAGAGGACAAAAUAAGUUUGAGGAAGUUGAUACUCCCUACAAAAUGACCAUGUAUUUUGCUGAAAACCACUCUUUUAUCAAGCCCACAGAAAUCUUCGUUGGAAGCAGAGGUGACACUGCAAGAAAGCAAGGGAAAUGGGAUGUGAAAUAUGAACUACUAGAAAGUGGAUCAAAAACAAAGCAUUCUACGAAGAAUAUUUGGGUUCUGAAGAUUUUUUUUCUUUCUUGCAUUUUAUUUGUGGUUUUCUGUAUAAUCUUUAUUUAUUUAGAAGAUUACUUUAAAGCAACUUUUACCAAACAAAUUGGGCAAGCCCAUGAAAGUAAAGUCUCUGAUCAACCAAAUCCUCCCCCAAGCACUCAUUUGCCAUUGGAACAAACAACACACAUCCACCACACAUCCACCAGUCCUCCGUCUCCAAAUGCGUGUGGUGUUCAAGUGAAGGACGGGCCUCUGAUUAAAGUGGACCAUCAUAACACUUAUGUGAUCGGCUCUUAUCUGGAUCAUCGUCUCAGAGAGAAACAGAUAAAGUCUAUCGCCAUUGUUCUCCGACAUGAGCCGGCCACGUACAGCUGUGUGAUGUGCUGUGAUGGUAGGAUCGUGACAUCGAAUGCCCAAUGCUCGAUUCAUUCUGACCACUUCAACUAUGAUUACGGCGCUGCUACUAUCACGUGCCCAAUCAGCAGCAGGUGUUUGACACCGACACAUGUUGCAAUUACAGCCGGUGGCGUCUCGGGGAGAGUAACAUCCUUUCAAUCUGUUAGAAACAGAGACGUUCCAACAACCUUCCCGUAUGAUUUUACAGUCUGUCACUGUGUUAUGUACGACUACAAGAAUGUGUUGAUGUUAGUCGAGUCCAUAGAGAUGUCCAGACUGCUUGGUGCUCAAAGGGUGGUGAUUUAUAAAACCAACUGCGAUUCAGACACACAGAAGGUUCUGGACUAUUAUGAGAAAAGCGGUUUCGUGGAGAUCAUCCCGUGGACGAUUAAAAACCACAUUAACGUGUCUAAAGGCUGGAAGAUCGAUAUAGCACCAGGUCAGCUGCAGUACUACGGGCAAAUCCCUGCACUUAAUGACUGUGUUUUUCGUUAUAUGUACCAAACUCGCUAUCUGGCUCUACAAGACAUGGAUGAAUUUAUUCUGCCUAUCAAAGAGAAAACCUGGAGAGAACUGUUUCCAUUGCUAGAGCAUCUGUACGGUACUGAUGUGGGCUUUGAGUUUGAGAAUAAUCAAUUCCCAAUGACUGCAAAGCUUCAUCUUGAACACAACGUGGAAGCAUGGAAGCAUGUAAAGGGAAUAAAUAUUUUAAAUUAUAUCGAACGAGAACCCAUCAACCCCAGUGCUUUCAACAAUUACAAGGUCAUAGUAAAUCCUCGUCUGGUUCAGAAGGUUACCGUCCAUGGCUUGCUGGAAACUGCGAACGGAAAGCCCACGGUCCGAGUGAAUAAAGACAUUGCUCGCAUGUACCACUUCAAAAACUACACAUUCCCACCGAACACAAACCUUAUAACAGACAGUCAUCUCUGGGAUUACACCAAUAAACUUGAACCAGCAGUUUCUGAAGUUCUACAGGAUUGUGGAUUAUUGAAGCCUAGAUAGUUGUCUUGAAGUACUGUCUAUCACAGGUUUACAAAAAAAAACAAAAAAACAAGUAAAAUAAACUUGAAAAAGCCUGGCUGUAUGUGGAUGAUAUGCAUGGGGAACGUGUGAGUGGUUUGUUUGUUUGUUUGUUUGUUCACCUUUAUUUGAUUUGAGUGCUUGAAAAUAACUCUCCUGUAAAUAGAGUUCAUGUGCCAAACACGUUAUGUUGAAAGCUUUCCCACUCAAAUGAGCUUGAGACACAACAGAAACUGGAAAAUCAGCCUUUACACAUUUCUACAAGUUACACACUACCUGUAUAUAGAUAUUGAAUUCGGAAGAGGGAUAAAUUACUAUUUUUCUCUGAUAAUCAUCUUCAUCGGUGCAUACAAACAAAUACAGCUCAGGGCUUUAAGGAAAGUGUACAUUUAUCCAUUUUUUUUUUAUUCAGAAUAGUAAAAGCUAGGACAGGCAGGCAUCUAGGGAUAAUGAGAGCCUAGAAAAAGUGAAAGCAUAGAGGUUUUAUAACUAUUUUAUUUUUAGGAGGAUGCAGUUGGAUGCUCACGGAUGAGUUUUCAGUUGUUCAGCUGUCCGGAUGGACCUUGCUGGGUCACUCCACAGUGUGCAAAUAUGCAUGACCCUGAAGAUUAUCUGAUCCUUAGGGAUCACCCUGUUGUAAAAGUAUUUGCUUUUUUAUUGUCAUCAAGUUCUUAUUGUCACUGCGAUAUUUUUGUUUGCAAUAUUUACCUAAUUGAAUACUAAAAAUAGCUUUUAAAUAGGCUAUUGAAGUCCAUUUAGCCUUAGAGUAAAAAGGUCCCACAAAAAGAUGCAAUUUUAUCUAACUAUAGCACUAUCUCACAAAGUGAAUUUAUAUUGCAACUUAAACACUUAGAAUUUAUAGUUCUCUUAUUUAAAAAAGUUUUUUUUUUCAAUUCAUUUCAAUUCAAGUUUAUUUGUAUAGCGCUUUUUACGAUACAAAUCAUUAUAUUUACAUUUACAUUUAGUCAUUUAGCAGAUGCUUUUAUCCAAUGCGACUUACAAAUGAGGACAAUUGAAUCCAGCAAUUUAUUUUUUUAAGAAUAUAAUCAGAAUAGACAGUGCUAAAGUUAGAAGCUCAAAUAAAGAUGAAAGAGGCUACAACUGCAGUCACAAUUUAAGAGACGCAUUAUUCGAAUGCUUGUCGAAAGAGAUGCGUUUUAAUCUAGAUUUAAACAGAGAGAGUGUGUCUGAACCCCGAACAUUAUCAGGAAGGCUAUUCCAGAGUUUGGGAGCCAAAUGUGAAAAAGCUCUACCUCCUUUAGUGGACUUUGCUAUCCUAGUAACUACCAAAAGUCCAGCGUUUUGUGACCUUAGGGUGCGUGAUGGGUUGUAGCGUGGUAGAAGGCUAGUUAGGUACACAGGAGCUGAACCGUUUAAGGCCUUAUAGGUAAGUGAUAAUAUUUGGUACCUGAUACGCAACUUAAUAGCCAGUGCAGAGACUGUAAAAUUGGGGUAAUAUGAUCAUAUUUUCUUGACCUGGUAAGGACUCCAGCUGCUGUAUUUUGGACGACCUGUAGCUUGUUUAUUGAAGAAGCACCUAGAAGUGCAUUACAAUAGUCCAGUCUAGAGGUCACGAAUGCAUGAACUAGCUUUUCUGCAUCAAUGCAAUGUUUCUAAGGUGGAAGAAUGCUGUUGCAACAAGAAUGCAAGUUGCUGUCUAAAAUAACACCCGGGUUUUUGACUGUAGAGGAAGUAACAGUACAUCCAUCUAGUUGAAAACUGUAGUCUACUAGAUUCUGUGUACAGUUUUUUUGGUCCAAUAAUUAAUAUCUAAUUCUCAUCCGAAUUUAAUAGGAGAAAAUAUAUUUUUUAAUUAAUUGUGAUAGAUGUGCAAUUAUAAUGUAUAAAAUAUACAUAAAAAAGACUACUUGCUGGUAUAUUAAUGAAAUAAAGACCAACAAAUAACAUAACAAAGUAAUUAUAAUAACAUUUAAUUCAUGAAAACAUCACAUUCAGUUCAAACAAGUAUAUUAUUUUAAAAUGAAGUGUAUUCUUCAAUUUUACAAGGGUAUAUCUUGCAGCUUUCAUGACUGCUACUUUAUAUCUCAUAAUAAGACUCUAUUUCUAAUGUUAAACUGUGUUUUGAAGUUACUGAUUGAGGCGGAAACAGACUUUGUUAAUGUUUAAAUAGCUAAACAUUCCAGAUGGUUAAUGUGCAGCAAGAUCAUAAACUUGUACUCCACUCAUUUCCUGCACUUUCUGAAAUGCUGCAAACUUAAAUGUGAGUUCUAAUGUGUGUUCUAAUGUAGUAAAUGUAAUAAAUGUAAUCCGUGUAAAUGUAAACACGCCCCCACAUGUCUACAUCACGAUGUGGGAAGAUCUGCAUAACUCUGUCUAAUGUUCACAUUGUUCACAUGUUGACAUUUUGUUGAAAUGCAUGUUGAGCCAGUCAUUUCAAGAGCUAACUGAUUAUGAAAUUUUCCUUUUGAUCAAAGUUCAUCUGUUCUGUCAGGAUGUUUUCAAGAGGCAAACAGUUUUGUAUGGUAAGUGUACUAUAUCCUAAAUGGCAUACGCUUGUUGUUACGCCAGUAUGCCACAGUGGUUUGAGGUUAAGCGCUAUGGUAUAGUGUUGUGGUUAGUUUAACUGAGCCAAAGUUCAGAGACAUUUUCUUAAAAGUGUCAAGUUCUAUUAUUAAAACACUUGAGAGUAAAACUAA